AAGCGUGGCUGUGGGGAGACGCCGGGUUGUGGGUAAUGCCUUCCGGCCGGUGCUGGGAGGUGCUGGAAAGAGGCAGAAGCGCCAAGUUGGGGUCUGGAGAUGUCGGACAGUAAAAAUAGCAAGGGUUCUGCUUGGUGGGAAGACUUCUGCGAUGGGUGCUGGUGUCUUGGUGACUGGCCCACGCUGGGCAGCCACACUGGGCUUUCUGUGUCUUCCUGUGGGGGAGUGGGGAGCACGAGCGGCAGUGGUUGGGGUGAAACAUGGCUUGGGAGAAAAAGGUGGUUGUGGUAUCCGUAGAGAAACUUAAAGGCAUGUGAAUGCCAAUAUCAGUGUGAAAAAAAUUAGUUUCUGGUAAAGUGGUGUGAGUUUAAUUAAAUGAAAUUGAGCUGCUUUCUAAGUAUUGGUUAUUUCAGUUGCAUUCCGCACAAUUUUGUGCUACUUGUAGCUCUAUAGAAUUAGUCCAGUAAUAGUGUUUAUUAAGUUGUUGAGGAACAAAAAGCCUUCUCCAGAUCACACCACUAACGCAACUGUUCUUAAAUUGUGUCAUGUGCUUUGCGUGAUGGGUGACAUUAAUGUCUGGAUUCAGACAUCUUAAGACUUGCUUAACUUUUCCAUGUUAUUACAUUAGUGAUAAGGGUGGUAUGGGAGAAGGAUUAGUCCAAAUUUCCUGGAUCCAAAGCAGUUUUGCCUUGUCUGGUGAGGUUUUUUGUUCAUCUGUAGAUAGCAAGGUCAUUCGAUGAGCAUUUCUAUGGUAUAAUCCAUCGAUCCAUGAGGAAAUCGCUGGGCCAUAAGGCAGUAGAUAGGUUGCCUGUCAAAAGGUGUCCUGACUAUGAGAAGAAGCUCUUACUUUUAUGGAACUAGAAGCCGGUUUAUUCUUUCUUUCUUUCUUUGUGACUCAACUGUGAUGAAUUUUUGGUGGACAGCCUGAGAAAGCACACGUAGUGGGUGCAGAGGUUUUUGAAACAGCAUGCCAACCCGUGAUGCAGCAGGAUUUCCUGGUGAGCAGGAGUGGAGGGGCUCACUCCAGGGUUAUGAUUCAUCUGAGAGGAUGUAAUUUUUACUGGCUGCUCAACAGAGAGUGCUCAGUUGAAAUUCUUGGUUGCUACUGCUGACGGACAUGCUUGUGGAUUUAUGGCAGUUGGAAGGGGUAGUGGAAAAUGGUACUUUUCUGCAGCUGAAUGAACAGCUAGUGUCAGCUGCGAAGGUUCAAAGCACCUCUCCUACAAACCCUGCGUUUAAGGACUGGAGCAUGUGGCAGUUGGCACCUCACGGUGUCUGGUGCUUCCUAACGUUUAACAAACGUGCUGAAGUUGAUAAAUCCACAAUGAGAGGCAGCAUUUAGGGCCAAAUGUCCACACACGAUGUGCUGUGGGCAGAAGUUGUGAGAGCAGCUGAAACACUGGUAUUAGAGCUUUGUGACUGGGGUCUCCAAGCUUUUCAGCUGCUGUUUCUGUCCCUAGCCUGCCGUUUGUACUGUGCAAGUUUUUGUGUGACAUCUACUGAAACCGCAGUGCACCUUUUGAUAGCUGAGAAGGUUUUUGAACAUAUAUAUAUAUAUUUUUAUUUGAACAUAAAUAUUUGGAGACAUUGACAGAAUGAGUUACUUGGGAUGUUCAGAAACUCAACAGGCAAAUAUUUUUGAUUCGAAAGAACCCUCUUCUAAAGAAGAACAUGUACCUCAAGUUUGCAUUGGUGACUUUGGAUUCCCUCCUUUCUUUCCCUUCGUUGAAAAGACUUGCCCUGAAGUAAGGUGGCUAAAUACUGGAAUUUUAAAUAUCAUUUUAGUAGGCAAGUGAGCCCAUAGAAAUGUAAGAUGCAGCAGGAGAGAAAUGUUUAAUUGUGAUUACUUUCUAAGAAAAGCCCUUUUACUGGGAUAAGAACAUGUCUUUAUCGUAACAUUUGUAAAUUGUUUUCUGGUCAAAUGCACAAAAGACUCGAAUGCCCUGAUGAAAACUUGAGAGUGCCGGUUCUGUAGUUAACAGAGGACAUACUGAAAGCAGCAAACUUGUUGCGUUGGCCACUUCAGUUGUGCAGGGAUGUUAAAGACUAAAUUCGGAUGCAGUGCUAUUGAAUGGAUGGUCGGCCUCCCGGAGAUCUGGCUCUCUCUGUUCUGCGCCUUGAAGUGCCCAAGUGUUGGGAUGAGGCUCUGGCUUCUGGCGCUUGGAGUCAAAACCAGAAGGUGAUGCUGAAGUCUGGUGCCACAAUAAGGAUGCGCCGUAUCUAAAAUCUGGUGUGCUGCCUUCAGGACUUAAAAUGGCAACCAAAAUCUGUAAGAUACUUCAUGCUUUUUUUAAAAGUUGCUCAAAUUUAUAACAUGGAGCUCUGAAACUCUCCUGUUGCGGAUUGCCAUCCUCUCUUGCCUGCAGUGCCACUGUGUUUGCUCACUUGGCUAAAAAUAGAAAGGAGUAGACUUGGUGUUCUUUCUUGGAAGAGGAGGAGAAAUCCUACAAAGUUUGAGUUCACCAGCAUAUAAUGGUUUUGUUGUUUCCAUCCAGGGGUUGGAAUCCCCAAGGACCAGGAAGAUACCAAUGUGUCAGUGUUCAUAAGCGGAAAAUAAAACUUCAUUUGCAAACGGACUGGACUUUGACAUUCUUUUCAUGAAAGAGGUUUCCGAGUAGUUGUCUUAUAAUAACUUUGAGAAGAAGUUCUAUGUAGCUCUUACUUUCAAGAGUGCUGCAAAAAUGAUUACUUCAGAUUUGCCAGUACUACAGGAUUCUACAAAUGAAACUACUGCACAUUCAGAUGCUGGCAGUGAGCUUGAAGAAGCAGAAGUCAAAGGAAAAAGAAAAAGGGGCCGUCCUGGCAGGCCUCCAUCUGCCACUAAGAAACCUCGGAAGUCUCCAGCGGACAAGGGGCGUCCUGAAUCUGCCGCUAGAGGAACAAGUCGUGGGAGAGCUAAUGGCCACCCUCAGCAGAAUGGAGAAGGGGACCCUGUCACUUUGUUUGAGGUGGUUAAGCUGGGGAAGAGUGCUAUGCAGUCUGUGGUGGACGACUGGAUUGAAUCAUAUAAACAAGACAGGGACAUAGCACUUCUGGAUUUAAUCAACUUCUUUAUCCAGUGUUCAGGAUGUCGAGGUACUGUAAGAAUUGAAAUGUUCAGGAACAUGCAAAAUGCAGAAAUCAUAAGGAAAAUGACAGAAGAAUUUGAUGAGGACAGUGGUGAUUAUCCGCUUACCAUGCCUGGGCCACAGUGGAAGAAGUUUCGAUCCAACUUCUGCGAGUUCAUUGGCGUGCUCAUUCGACAGUGUCAGUAUAGCAUCAUUUAUGAUGAAUACAUGAUGGACACGGUGAUCUCUCUUCUGACUGGUCUGUCAGAUUCCCAGGUCCGGGCUUUCAGGCACACCAGUACAUUAGCUGCUAUGAAGCUUAUGACUGCUCUUGUGAAUGUUGCCUUAAACCUGAGCAUUCAUCAGGAUAAUACACAGAGGCAGUAUGAAGCUGAGAGAAACAAAAUGAUUGGCAAAAGAGCUAAUGAAAGAUUGGAGCUGCUGCUUCAGAAAAGAAAAGAGCUACAAGAAAACCAAGAUGAAAUCGAAAAUAUGAUGAACUCUAUUUUUAAGGGUAUAUUUGUUCAUAGAUACCGUGAUGCUAUUGCUGAGAUUAGAGCUGUCUGUAUUGAAGAAAUUGGUGUCUGGAUGAAAAUGUACAGUGAUGCCUUCCUGAAUGAUAGUUAUUUAAAAUAUGUUGGUUGGACACUACAUGACAGGCAAGGUGAAGUGAGGUUGAAGUGUUUGAAAGCCCUUCAGAGUCUGUAUACCAACAGAGAGUUAUUUCCAAAACUGGAGCUGUUCACUAAUAGAUUCAAGGAUCGCAUUGUAUCAAUGACACUUGAUAAGGAAUAUGAUGUCGCUGUGGAAGCCAUUCGAUUAGUCACGCUAAUACUUCAUGGAAGCGAAGAAGCCCUGUCGAAUGAAGACUGUGAGAAUGUUUAUCACUUGGUGUAUUCCGCACACCGGCCUGUUGCAGUAGCAGCUGGAGAAUUCCUUCACAAAAAACUGUUCAGCAGACACGAUCCCCAAGCUGAAGAGGCUCUAGCAAAGAGGAGGGGGAGAAAUAGUCCAAAUGGAAACCUUAUUAGAAUGUUGGUUCUUUUCUUUCUUGAAAGUGAGCUGCACGAACACGCGGCCUAUCUGGUGGACAGUUUGUGGGAGAGCUCCCAAGAGCUGUUGAAGGACUGGGAAUGUAUGACCGAAUUGCUCUUGGAGGAACCAGUCCAAGGAGAAGAAGCAAUGUCUGACCGGCAGGAGAGCGCUCUGAUUGAGUUGAUGGUGUGUACAAUCAGACAAGCUGCGGAAGCACAUCCUCCCGUAGGCAGAGGCACUGGCAAGAGAGUCUUGACAGCAAAAGAAAGAAAAACUCAGAUAGAUGACAGAAAUAAAUUGACUGAGCAUUUCAUUAUUGCACUUCCUAUGUUGCUAUCAAAGUAUUCCGCUGAUGCCGAGAAGGUUGCAAAUCUCCUGCAGAUCCCUCAGUAUUUUGAUCUGGAAAUCUAUAGCACGGGCAGAAUGGAAAAGCAUCUGGAUGCCUUACUGAAACAGAUUAAGUUUGUUGUGGAAAAGCAUGUGGAAUCAGAUGUUCUCGAAGCCUGCAGCAAAACCUACAGCAUACUCUGUAGUGAAGAAUAUACAAUCCAGAACAGAGUUGACAUAGCCCACAGCCAACUUAUUGAUGAAUUUGUGGAUCGAUUCAACCAUUCCGUAGAGGAUCUGCUGCAGGAGGGAGAGGAAGCUGAUGAUGACGACAUAUACAAUGUACUCUCCACGCUAAAGAGGUUAACCUCUUUUCACAAUGCCCACGAUCUCACAAAAUGGGAUCUGUUCAGCAACUGCUACAGAUUACUAAGAACUGGAAUUGAACACGGAGCUAUGCCAGAACAGAUAGUUGUUCAGGCACUGCAGUGUUCCCAUUACUCCAUUCUCUGGCAGCUGGUGAAAAUCACUGAAGGCUCCCCUUCCAAAGAGGACUUGUUGGUAUUGAGGAAAACUGUGAAAUCCUUCCUGGCUGUCUGCCAGCAGUGUCUGUCAAACGUCAACACUCCCGUCAAAGAACAGGCUUUCAUGCUGCUCUGUGAUCUCUUGAUGAUUUUUAGUCAUCAGCUGAUGACUGGAGGUCGGGAAGGUCUUCAGCCGUUGGUGUUUAAUCCAGAUUCAGGCCUCCAGUCAGAACUUCUCAGUUUUGUGAUGGACCAUGUCUUUAUUGACCAAGAUGAUGAAAACCAGAGCAUGGAGGGAGAUGAAGAAGAUGAAGCGAACAAAAUAGAAGCUUUACAUAAGAGAAGAAACCUUUUGGCAGCCUUUAGCAAGCUGAUAAUUUAUGACAUCGUGGACAUGCAUGCGGCAGCAGAUAUCUUCAAACACUAUAUGAAGUACUACAAUGACUAUGGAGACAUCAUUAAGGAAACCCUAAGCAAAACAAGGCAAAUUGAUAAAAUCCAGUGUGCAAAGACACUCAUUCUCAGUUUGCAACAGCUGUUUAACGAGCUUGUUCAGGAGCAAGGUCCCAAUUUGGACAGGACAUCUGCCCACGUUAGUGGGAUUAAGGAACUGGCCCGUCGGUUUGCCCUCACUUUUGGCUUGGAUCAGAUCAAGACAAGAGAGGCUGUGGCCACACUACACAAAGAUGGCAUAGAGUUUGCCUUCAAAUAUCAGAAUCAAAAAGGACAAGACUAUCCACCUCCUAACCUGGCUUUCCUUGAAGUGCUCAGCGAAUUUUCUUCUAAACUCUUGCGCCAGGACAAAAAGACUGUUCACUCCUACCUAGAGAAGUUUCUGACGGAACAGAUGAUGGAAAGAAGAGAAGAUGUAUGGCUUCCACUCAUUUCCUACCGAAACUCACUAGUGACGGGUGGGGAAGAUGACAGAAUGUCCGUUAACAGUGGGAGCAGCAGCAGCAAAGCCUCCUCGGUGAGGAAUAAGAAAGGACGACCACCGCUCCACAAAAAGAGAGUAGAAGAUGAGAGUCUGGAAGGCUCAUGGCUGAACAGGAAUGAAAACAUACACACUCCAGGGACACUGCAGGCACCGCAGCUCACCUCGACUGUCCUGAGAGAGAACACUAGGCAAAUGGGAGAGCAGAUCCAGGAGCACGAGUCGGAGCAGGGAUCUGAACAAGAUUUUUUACACAAUCCCCAGAUGCAGAUAUCUUGGUUGGGCCAACAGAAGCUAGAAGAUUUAAAUCGAAAGGACAGGACAGGAAUGAACUACAUGAAAGGGAGAACUGGUGUAAGGCAUGCAGUACGAGGUCUAAUGGAAGAUGAUGCUGAACCCAUCUUUGAAGAUGUAAUGAUGUCCUCACGAGGUCAGCUAGAGGAUAUGAACGAAGAAUUUGAGGACACAAUGGUCAUUGAUCUGCCACCGUCGAGAAACCGGCGAGAGCGGGCUGAGCUGAGGCCAGACUUCUUUGACUCCGCAGCUAUCAUUGAGGACGAUUCAGGAUUUGGAAUGCCUAUGUUCUGAAGUCUGGUGAAGACAUUUUACAAAUUUGGAACUCUAUUGUUUAGAGCUAGAGGCCUAUAUACUGUGAUAGCUUGUAUGAAAACCACAUUUUUGAUGUGAUACGGUUUGAUUUUUAACCAAAUGAUUGAGGUCAAUCCCUUUUUGUAGUGACAGAAAGAAGAGGAACUUCUUAAUGACACAAAGGAACGUUGGCCAAUCCAGUCACCUCAGAAGGGCUGACCUAAAAAAUCAUUUGUAUCCCUGUUCUUGACUGUCCUAAUACAGAUUUUUUUUUUUUUUUUUUUCCCCCUGGAUGAGGAGGAAGUUUUAAAUUGUUAAGACAGCUGUCAAAAUAAACACUGUUCUACAUAUGUUUUCUGAAAACAACAUUGAGUGAAAACAGAACUUUUUAACUUUAUUUUUCUGCUGUACAAUUUAAAACAGUUUUAACAUUUGCCUUUUUAUGUUUUAAAAGCUAGCCAUUUUUAUUAAACCUAUGCCUAUCAGCCAUUGACUAGCAAUGAUGCUAUAAGCAGGUCAUUCUGGCUACAGAAACGUGUUUUUGAACACACUGGAUUUGAUUAACAUUAUGGUACGCGUAUAUCCUCUCAUAGGCAUUGAGAAGAACACUCUUCUAGAAGAGGUUAGAAUUCUAAUGACGUGCAUCUCUGCCAAAAAAUUUCAGAUUCUGAUAUGAUAAACCCAGAUUUUAUACUCUUGAGAAGAUUUAUUUUUAUUUAUAAUGGGACAUAAAGUAAGAGAUGUCCAUGAAGCCACUUUUCCAACAGAUGCUGUGUAACAUUCAUUUUAUAUAGCACAUGGGGACACAAAAACAGUAAAUUUUCUAUUGGUACUUGCUCUGUGCAUUUUUAGCAACUUAUACCAGCAAAUAAAGUAUUCUCAGUAAAACACACAAAUGGUUCUCAAGUAAUCACUUUGCUGUUUUUACUACCUACUUCAAGCCCUGCCAGCCCAAGGUACAUAAACAGCAACUUUCCUAUCAAAAAAAUAAGGGUGGGGGAAAGGAAUCACUUCAGCAUACUAAAAGCAAUUUUAACUGUACCAUAAAAAAAAAAAAGUCUACUUUCCAUGCCGUAAAUACCCUUUUGCGCUAUUUUUGUAAAUUAAUUUUGCCAGUUAGAAGUACUGUAUGUGCUGCAUAGAAAUUUGUGCUUAGAUGGUGAAGUUCUUAAGCUUACAAUGGAAUACAGCUACAUUUUCAGUGUUAACUGUGCAUAUUGAGAGUAAUUCUUUGGAAAAAAAAAAAUAAGGUUUUUUUUCAAAAAAGUUAAAAACAUCAAAAAAAACCCAAAAAACCCAAAACAUUCUCAGCUAAUUCAUUGUAAUAAGAGAUUUUUCAAUGUCUUCAAUAAUUUGGAAUUUCAUUAUGCUUCGAUUUUAUGACUCUGCCUAGUAGCUGCUACUUAGUUACAAGCGGCCUGGUACCAGAGGUGCUGGCCAUCCACCACCUGCACUGACUCCAGUGUCUCUAAGAAUCAGCCCCAAAACGUUCAUCUUCCUUUCUGCAUUCUAAUAUUAGCGUUUGCGAUACAAAGCAGAUUGACCCACUUGGAGCACAGCAGUUUUAGAGGUGCUUUUUUUUAGCAACUGCAAAAUAAUCAUGGAGCUUUUUUUCUGUUCCGAGCUUAUUGAAAAACAAAACAACUUUAAUGCCCAGUGCUUACUUGCUGGGAGGGAAAAGAAGCUAAUUUUAAAACCAACCCAGCGUUUCACUCAGCUGCGGUUUGUUUCUUAACGACACGUGCAGUUCUCAGACAUGGUUGCCAAAAAUGUUUGACUAGGUAAUUCAGCCAUUCCUCGGCUGUUGGUUGGGUAAGAUAUAAAACCUGAGCAGUAGCCGAAACUUUACAAACGAAGGUUACCUCCCUUCCUCUCCCUCCGCCCCAAAAGCACCAGGGGUGGGCAGGAAUGGCUGCAUUAAAUUGUCAUCACAAUAAUUCUGUGAGCAUAGUAGCAUAAUAAGUGCUGCCUGGUUUGAGUCAUAGUCUCAGACGAACCUUGUGCUUCACAGUCCUCUGUGUGGAAAACUGAUUCCUAAUUUAACAUUGUAGAAUACUGUAUAACAAACAUUUAUUAUCACGGUACCUGCAAUGGGUUUCCAGUUCAGUUUGCAGUCAAUAGGUUUUUGUAUUAUGAGUGUCUCCUUGAUUGGUUUUGCUAGUAAUUCUGUAAAUUGUACAUUUACAAUAUGAGGUUUUUUUUCCUUUUGUACAAUUUAAAACUGAUGCUUCACCUUUCAUUUAAUAAACUAUUCAAAAUCAUGAGUAUGAUGAGCACCCUCUUCACUAUAACUUUCUUUUAAAUGCUCGUUUGGGCCAUCACAUCUUGUCAUCCCAUUUAUUAGUAGCCAAAGGGAAUACUGAAAGGUAGUUCUCACAUAGCCCAGGCUUCACAACCAGAUUCUGUUCAGCCUCAGAGCAAAGGAAAACCCUGGCUGGU